ACAACCCGCGAUUUGUUUAAACAAAUCUCGCCGAGACUUGUCAGUUGUGUACAAAUGAUGUUGUUUGUGUAGUAUGAAAGUGAAUCUGCAUCUUUUUUGAGCUAUUGUUGCACUUGUUGAUUAUACUUAAAGCACAAAAUGACUACUAGAGCUGCUUCGGCAAACCUUGCUAAUGCAAGAAUGCAUACAAACAGUGAGAACACAGACCAGAUAAUAGCAGCAACAAAGUCAAACUUGGUUCAGAGACCUCACACAUCACAUGCCUCUCAAAGAAAUGCUUUGGGAGAUAUUGGUAACAAAGUGUCUGCAAUCACAAUUUCUGAUGCCACCAAAAAGGGACCAGUGAAGAAGGAAAUUGUACAAUUAACUAGUCGCCAACAGAAAAUUCUAACCAAAAGUAAAGCCACAACAUCUUUGAAAGCUCUUGCUGAAGACAGUGGUGCUAAACAGGAACAAGAAGCCUUCCACUUCUUGGAGCCAGGGGUUACCAUGGUGCCAAAGCCUAUCACAGUUCCAACAGCAACAGUCCAUCCACAGCAGAAUGUACCGGCUCCCAUGGACAUUAGUGAUGCAGGCCCAGAGGCUUUCUCCAAGGCUUUAUUUAAUGUACAGGAUAUAGAUGCAAACGACAAAGAAAAUCCACAGCUAGUCAGCGAAUAUGUCAAUGAUAUUUAUGAAUAUAUGAGAGUUUUAGAGGUAAAAUACCCAAUAAGAUCCAACUAUUUAGAAAAUAAAGAGAUUACAGGAAAGAUGCGUGCUAUCUUGAUAGAUUGGCUAUGUCAGGUUCAUCAUAGAUUUCACUUGUUACAAGAGACACUCUACCUCACAGUAGCCAUUAUAGACAGAUUUUUACAGGAAAGUCCAGUUUCAAGAAAUAAACUACAGCUAGUAGGUGUAACAUCAAUGUUGAUAGCUUCAAAAUACGAAGAAAUGUAUGCACCAGAAGUGGCAGACUUUGUAUAUAUAACAGACAAUGCAUACACAAAAAAGGAAAUAUUAGAAAUGGAACAGAAUAUAUUGAAAACAUUAAACUUCAGUUUUGGAAGACCUUUAUGCCUGCAUUUCCUAAGAAGAAAUUCUAAAGCUGGCCAGGUUGAUGCCAACAAACACACACUAGCCAAAUACUUGAUGGAACUGACUAUAGUGGAGUAUGAUAUGGUGCAAUACUUGCCGUCACAAAUAGCUGCCGCAGCCCUUUGUCUUUCCAUGAAACUCCUUGAUAGCAGUAAAUGGACGGAGACAUUAAACCACUACAGUUCCUACUCUGAAAAGGAUCUCUUUCAGACAAUGCAAAAACUUGCCAAUCUAGUCAUCAAAGCAGAAAAUAGUAAACUCACUGCUGUGAGGACAAAAUACUCUAGCUCAAAAUUUAUGAAGAUCAGUACAAUAGCAGCAUUGAAAUCACCUGUGAUCAAAGAACUGGCAGCAGCAUGCACGUGAUUACACAAGUAUUCCAAGCAUUACUCGUGAUAUUAAACUAUAAAUUUAUCUGUGAUGGUAUGAAUGCAGUGAGAGACUCGUUCCAUUCCCAUUAUUUAUUUGUGUUUGUUGUAAAUGGUCUGGGAUUAUGUAUGACAAGAGAAUGGUGUAUUUGACAGCUGUUGUGUUUGCUGUUUAACAUGCCAAACCAUCGCCUCUAAGGCGAUCAGCUAUGCUUGAAUUACUUUUAAUUGCGGGUAGGAUGUUGCAUUUAGCAUGCUCUCGAAGGUGAAAACAACCAUUGUACAAAACAAUGCAAAAUGAAAUAGUAAAUUAUUAUGGGCAAGCAUAAACUGAAGACCAUCUGAUUUUACUCUUUAAUCAUGAUCUGUAAUUUUCAUGUCUCAGCUUUUCCGUCCAGUUUUUUUUAACUCGUUUGGUCUUACAACAAUUUAUACUUGCUCAUCAUCCCAAUGCAAGCAAUCUAUGUACCUUCCUUUCGUUUUAAUCACACUCUGCUGUAGAAUUUGUAGUGCUAUCUUACUAUGGUUUUAUCAUUUGUCUUGUUGUAAGCUAGUGCUUUGCUACUGAAAUGAUCCUUGAAUAUUUCUCUAAACUAGGACGAGGUGGAAUUUGGAUUUUUUUAGCAGGUACAUAGAUUGCUUUGCUUGUAUUGCUGUGCCAUAACGCUUUGUAUUGUCUGAUAAGUUUCCAGCUUUGUCAGACAUAUCACAAAGCUUGUGGGUGACUUCAUUUUCGUAAAACUUCCAAGAUCUUCUGGAUACUUAUCUGGUUAAUUUAUAGAUCUUUUGAUACAGUGGCUUCAGUUACAGAAGUUACAAAUUUGAUUCUUUGGACACUGGCAGACUUCUAACUUGCUCUGUAACUCGGGAAUUGCUGUUAAAUAUCAAACAUCUAAAACAAAUCUAAAAUCAAGAAAGGUUGUAGUUUUUUCAUCAGUUUUUGUUGCUUGCAUAAAAGUUGCUCAAUGACCAUUUUGGCUUUUAAGGGUUUUCUUGUAAUACUGUAGUUACUUAUUUGGUUGGGGUCAAUAUUUCAAAAACAAAUUAUCAUUAAGCCACUUGUAUUUCUUGACAAUAAAUUAUCUUCGAUUUAUCAAAUACAUUAGAUCGUGUAAAGUUUUGUCAUUUGUGUAUUGAUCAUGUGUUGGUUCAAGAAUCCUGUGACCCUUGUUGACAGCACUUAGUGGAAUGAAUUUUAAGAUUGUUUCAUCCAAAUCUCGAAUUAGCCUUUCGGACUCGGCGCAUGUGCUGGUCAACUUGUUGGUUUACAGAGGUUCUUGUACCGUAGAUUAGGCUUAGCUCAGUAGCGUUUAGAGAAGUAUUGCUUCUUAUUUUAUAGAACUGUUUAUUACAUAUUUGUAAAUAUUUUAUACAAUAAAUUAUUUUGUAAUAAAA